AUGCCUUCUCAAGUAGCAACCUGCCUGCGCAUGGCGCGGCAGUUCUCUGCUGACCCGGCCAAGCACCAGCGCUUCCUUGCUCGCAACUUCUCCAGCAGCGUCCGCCGGGCCGCGAUCAACAAGGUCUUCGCCUCCGCGGAGGAGGCCACCAAGGACAUGAAGUCCAACUCCACACUUCUGGCUGGUGGAUUCGGACUCUGCGGUGUUCCAGAUACUCUGAUCAAUGCGGUCCGCGCAAACUCUUCUAUCCAAGGCUUGACCGUCGUCAGCAACAACGCCGGUGUCGACGGAUCCGGUCUCGGCCUGCUCCUGCAGUCCAAGCAGAUUAAGAAGAUGAUUGCCAGUUACGUCGGCGAAAACAAGACCUUUGAGCGCAUGUAUCUGACUGGCGAGAUCGAGCUCGAGCUUACUCCCCAGGGUACUCUUGCUGAGCGCUGCCGCUCCGGCGGUGCGGGUAUCCCUGCAUUCUACACUCCCGCCGCUUUCGGCACCGUCGUUCAGACUGGUGACCUGCCUCUGCGCCACAACAGCGACGGCACUGUUGCCCUGUACAGCCAGCCUCGCGACACCAAGGUGUUCGAUGGCAAGAACUAUGUCAUGGAGGAGGCGAUCAAGGGUGACUAUGCUUUCAUCAAGGCCUGGAAGGCCGAUAAGCUGGGUAACUGCCAGUUCCGCUAUUCUGCGGCCAACUUCAACGGCGCUAUGGGCCGCAACGCUAAGAUGACCAUCGUCGAGGCCGAGCACAUUGUCGAGCCCGGUGAGAUUGAGCCUGCUGCUAUUCACCUGCCCGGUAUCUACGUCAAGCGUGUGAUCCAGAGCACCACGGAGAAGAAGAUCGAGAAGUACACCUUCGCCAAGGAGGAGGGUGCCGAUACCUCGGCGCUGGGUAAGGGUGACACCGCCAGCAAGCGCGAGCGUAUUGUCCGCCGUGCCGCGAAGGAGUUCAAGAACGGCAUGUAUGCCAACCUGGGUAUUGGUAUGCCUAUGCUUGCUCCCAACUUCGUCGACCCCUCCGUCGAGGUGACCUUGCAGUCUGAGAACGGUAUCCUGGGUCUGGGUCCUUACCCCAAGCAGGGUGAGGAGGACCCCGAUCUCAUCAACGCCGGCAAGGAGACCGUCACUCUCAACCCUGGUGCCUCCGUCUUCGGUAGCGACGAGUCCUUCGGCAUGAUCCGCUCUGGUCGUAUUGAUCUGACUAUCCUGGGUGCUAUGCAAGUCAGUGCCCAUGGUGACCUGGCCAACUGGAUGCUGCCCGGCAAGAUCAAGGGUUUCGGUGGUGCGAUGGAUCUUGUGUCCAACCCCUCUGCGACCAAGGUCGUGGUUACCAUGGAGCACACCGAUAAGAAGGGUAACCCCAAGAUCGUCAAGCAGUGCGAGUUCCCUCUUACUGGACCCGCCUGCGUUAGCCGUAUCAUCACCGAUCUCUGCGUCUUUGACGUUGACUUCACCGAUGGUCUGACUCUGAUUGAGAUCGCUGAGGGUGUGACCGUUGAGGAGGUCAAGGCCAAGACUGAGGCUCCCUUCAAGGUUGCCGAUGAUCUGAAGCCCAUGCUGUAA